GGGAGCCGCGUCAUGGCGGGGCCGGGGUCGCCUCAGGCCGGCGGGCAGAGCGGGUUGCGGUUCCCGCCGCAGCCCUCCGCGAUGCGAGCGGACGACUUUGCCUCCUCAGACGAAGACGCCGCUGAGGAGGACGUGCGGCCGCUCUGCAUCUCCUGGUUGUCUUUGUCUCCUGUCUACUCUUCUGAGUUCCUGGGAUUAUGUUCCCUUCCAGGUUGCAGGUUUAAGGACGUUAGAAGAAAUCUUCAGAAAGAUAUAGAAGAACUAAAGAACUGUGGGACCCAGGAUAUAUUUGUGCUUUGUACCAGAGGAGAGCUCUUAAAAUACCGAGUACCAAACCUCAUAGACGCCUACCAGCAGCAUGGGAUCUGUGUGCACCACUAUCCUAUUCCCGACGGGGACGCUCCUGACAUUGCCAAGUGCUGCAAAAUUCUGGAAGAGCUCAGAAGCUGCCUGGAAAGUAACCGGAAAACAAUCAUACACUGUUAUGGUGGCCUCGGACGCUCGUGUCUCGUAGCUGCGUGUCUCCUGCUUCAGCUUUUGGAUGCGCUGGCGCCUCAGCAGGUGAUAGACAGCCUCAGAAACCUGAGAGGAUCGGGGGCGAUACAGACCAUCAAGCAAUACAAUUACCUCCAUGACUUUCGAGAGAACCUGGCUGCCCACCUGGCAACAAAGGAUGCAAUAUUAAGAUCGGUAUCACGAUAACUGAGGCUGGUGUGGUGGAGCUUUGUGUCUGUGGCAGACACCCGGACAGACAUCUCACUCCCGACUUUCUCCUCGCUCCUGCCUGGGUGACGCAGCUGCUUCCAAAUCCGCCUGUAAAGUGUUGGGGUGGGGGGAAGGAAAUCCUGCAGGACGUGCAGCAUCUUCCUCUGCUUGGCAGGCUUUAAUACAUGCUGCCUUAAAAACGCACGGUGGGUAUAUUUGUCUUUGUUACUGUUCUGCUGGCGGCUUAAUGAGCUUGUUUUCAAUACAAGGAUGACUCUUGCGCCGUGUCCUCCUCACGUUUCACAGCGCCUGGGGCUGGCAGCCUGUGCAUCUGCUGCCACUGAACCGGUGGGCUGGUGUUGUCACGUCGGUGUGCUACGAGCUGCUCCAGUGACCUUCCCGAGCGGGAGGGAAGCCGGGCUGCCAGGGCAGCGGCUGCAUUUCAGUUUGUCUUCGUCUCUGUUCUCCGUGGCUGAGAACCGGGACGAGCGAUCGGCCACAAAGGAUCCGUGAGGAAACGGAAUAGUCUGUAACUCCUCACACCCGGGUGCAGACAGGCUGGCUUCUGCUCCAGCGUGCAGGGGAAGGCAAAGAGGGAGAGGUGAAGGGUAACUCUGCUGCCUUUGUAAGAGAGUCUUGCUGGGAUAAUGCAGCUAGAUAAAAACCAGAUUGCUGGAGCUGUUUUAAAAAAAAAAAAAAAUAAAAAAUCCUCAGCUCUAGCUUUAAACCGCAGGGAAGUCAAGCAUGAAAAUUUUCCUGCUGGAGUGCUUGCCCCUUACAAACUAGUAAAAACUCAUUUUAAAAUGUCACGGUUCUCAUCUUAGUGUGAUCAGGGAUAUUUAGGAAUGAGAGCCCUCGUUCCAAAAGGAGGAGGAGGUCUUAUACCGAAGAUUGUGACAAAACAAGCAGGUGGGGGUGGGGUUUAAUACAAAUAUGGUACAAAGAGACGCUGUGCUGGAGCUGUGUGGGUGAGAUUUUUGGCUGGGCCCUUGGGCAUGCGAACACUAGAGAAAGUAAAUCACUGUGCCUGUGCCAGUGACCAGCCCUCCUCUUUAACUAGACAAAGGGCAGAGAAGAUGAAGAGACUCCUCAAGAAAAUAUUUGAACUAGUUCUGUCCCGUUCUGAGGAAGCGAUGCUCGUCCACCCCAGGGCCCGGGUAUCCCCUGACGCCCUGGGAGGAGGUUUGGGCUCUGGGAACAAACCCGGGGCAGCCAGGCCGUGCCUUUCCCCGUGACACCGGCCCCGGCAGCCGAGGAGCUGCUGCCUCGGGGCUGAGGUCGCUGCGCGGUUGCUGCCCGGCUGCCCUGCCUUGCCCCCAUCUCCCCUUCCCUCCUAGUUAAUUCUGGAAGUGCUUUCCCCCAACCCCCCACACCCCCCCCCAAAGUGCUUCAAGAAUCCAGCUGGUUACAGCUCCAACACAUCGUUUGAACCCAGGCACGUGAAUGCAUGUCUAAAGGUGAUUUUUACAGAUUGUAUUUAAUUUGCUUUUACUGCCAUUCCCUUCUCCACCUCGAAGGCAGACAACAGGAACUCCUCCCGUUUCCACAGCAUAGCAUCGCUUACAGAAAAUAUUUUGCUCAAAAAGUGCCCAUCUGUCCCUUUGUCAGUACUGAACCCUUGCAGCUGCUGGCUUGCAGAUGUAUCCGAUGGCUUUUUAAGAUGGCUGAGCAGGAAAUUUGCUGACCGAGAGAAACGUUCUUUAUUUUCUCCAUCAUCUUUUGCCUCCUGGAACUCCCAAAAUCAAGGCCAGGUCCACCUUCUGAAUGCGAAAUGGCUGCUACUCCAGCUAGGCGUCCCGCGUGCUGCUCCACACACACCAGUUGCUUUCACAAGGAUUUAUUCCAGUAAAACUCAGCUGUGAGGCUCGCGUCGCCAGGCACCCAACGUUCACACCACCCAGCAGCUGGGUGGCUGCUGGUAGACACGAACCUCGUUCGAAAAAUAAAAAGGCUGAGUCCAGUUUCUAAAGAGCGUUCUCUGAAGGACUCUGCUGGGUAAUCCUCACACUUCAACACACCGGGUUCUCAUCAGAUUUUUCAACUUCUAACUUGCAUUUGUGACCUUUCUCUGCAAUGUUUUGACAGUUUAAAGACCUCUGAAAUGACAUUACUUAAAUUGUGCUAAGUAUUCCUGGCUGAAGCGGCUCCACAGCUGGCGAGGGGCUUCAGAAGAAGAAGGGGGUGUCAGGUUUUUUUUCAGUUGAACUCAGUAAAUCUCAUGUUGUUUAUUCUAGUGUACAACUUGUCUUAAAUCAGCCCAAGGGAAGGAGAGGUUUGUUUAGAAGGCUGAGGAAAGCUUGGGGCUAUGAGCCAGGAAGCCUCAUUUCUGUAACGGAUUAAUAAACAUACAAACAUAAGGAAGGGUUAAUUAGUUUUGCAUCCCGAGGCAGAAUUCCUAUCUUACAGCAAGCAGUCUCUGAAGUCGAACAGCAGGAAAAUAAAAAUAAUCCAACAGGAGCAACGUUCCCAAGUUUCCAAAAAGCCUUUCAAAAAUUCUGCUGAAAGCAGAAAGUUAUUAUUGCAGGAAAAAAUCCUCUUGUCAGCUAAGAACUGAUCGCAAGGGCCGGCAGAAUAGGAACAACGUGUCUCUGGUGAGGGGGGGGCAACGCCUGCAAGUGUUUUGGGACAGUCAGGGGAGGGGGAAAUAAAUCUCAGAGUGCUCAAUGCUUGAGCAAGGAUGGUGUGUGGAAUUACAUGUCAAUAACUGCAAAGAAAAAACACGUGAGAAAAACAAUUUUCUAUACGUAGUAAUAAGGUGGCAGGUAGGGUUACUUAGGAAAGAGAAUUUGAAGUUGCCUGAAUUCUCAUACCCCCGGUACACUAUGAAAUGAGAGGAAUUCAGAAGCAGAGAGCAGGAAACUGCCACUCUAAAUCCCCUGAGCACCCCCGUCCCACGUGAUGACAACGGUUCUGGUCUCCUCCAGCUUAGGGAAGGAACACUUGUGGAGGAGAAAGGCUAAGCACAGAGCUACGGCAGGCCUCAAAGAUUAAACAGAUUUCUUCGCUUUGACAGAUGAAGUGAUGAAGGUCUGUUCAAUCAUGCCCAGCAUAAAUAAGGUGGAAAGGGGGAAAUUUUUAAUAUGCCUCAAAAAAAUAAAAGCUUAGAGGCACCAAAGCCCAGCUGAACUUUUAAACGAGUAUUUUUUACAUCCUGAGUAAUUCCAUUGCAAAACUCACUGCCGCACGGUACCUUCCAUCCCAGGCUCCGAAAGCGCUCGAAAGGCACCUGAAUUCAUGGAAAUAAAAAUGAUUCAAGGGCUGUUUAAGAUGCCGAACGCCUGGCUCAGGACAUCAGAGGCAGGUUUCCCAACACGUUCUCCCACUAGCCAGGCAGAUGCUCACCACCUGCCCUGCUUCACAUCCUUCUCCUCAGCCCUUGCCGCUGCCCAGCGCCCCGGUGCGGGAGCAUCUGCAUUUCUGGGGGAAGCCAGAGCAGCCCCUCGUACGACAUUCAUCGCACCUAACGCCCCAGAGACCCGCAGUGAACAAAUAAACAGUUUAUACAAAAAACGUUUUACUAGAACUCAAGAAACUAUUCAUUAGUCUCCAGCACAGGAAAAUGAAAAAGAUUCCUAAUUAUUACUCCUAAAUUAAGCAGCUCUUCGCAGUCACGAUUUACAAUGCAGUAUUAUCAGUUUAGCUGAAACAUUUUCCCCCCGCCCCAUCUACUAUUUAUCUGCAGACCCAUGAAAAGAAGAAAAAAAAAAAGUAGGAAAUCAGAGCUUCCCUUUUCCAGACAUAACUUGAUUGUGUUCUAGUUUUAAAAGGUAAUGCAGUCAUCCGUCAUAAAACAAACAGAUGAAUACAGCAAGUAUCUGUUCAAUUUAAAAACAAAACAAGGCACCAGGUAAAAUUAAGUGGUUUUGAAUUUAAGAUUUUUUUUUUUUUUUUUAUUGCACUAAGGAACAGCAAGGCAGUUUCACAAUCUCACUUUCUGCUUUGAAAAGGUCUGUAGUAUUACUCUUAAACUCAAGAGUAUUUUCAACAUUGGACCUGAUAAAUGUAGGUUUGUCCACUUCUUCAUAAAACGGCACAGACAUUAAAAGGAAAAAAAAAAAAAAAAAAAA